AUGAAUUUUUUGAUCGGCAAAAAUAACAUAGACAAAGAUAUUGAUGAAGUUUCUACUUACCAAUCUGCUAGAUGGAUAUCUCCACCUGAAGAUAUGUGGAUGAUUUUUGCUUUCAAUUUAUCGAAAAUAUAUCCAGCUGUUUGUACUUUACAAUUUCAUAUUGAAGAUCAUCAAUGUGUAACUGACAAAAAUACGAACAAUUUAUCUUCUGUUAUUGAGAAUGAAAGCACGAGAAAAACUAUGUUAACUGAGUUUUUCCGAGUAAAUAAAAUAAAUGAAUUUGCUCGAACGCUUUUGUAUCAAGAUUUCCCAACGCAUUUUGUUUGGAAUGCAUCUAACAAAACAUGGACACCUAGAAAGAAGCAAAUUGUUGUAGGACGAAUUGUCUUGGUAAAUCCAUCUGAAGGAGAACGAUAUUUUCUUCGUCUUCUUCUUAAUCAUAUCAGAGGUCCAACAUCGUUUGAUGAUUUAAGAACUCUCAAUGGGGUAAAUGUUGAUACAUUUCUUAAAGCUGCGCUUCUCUAUGAUUUAUUAAAUGGAAAUACUCGUUGUGAAGAAUGUUUAUCUGAAGUUAUUAUUUACGAAAUGUUUUAUUCUUUAAGAUGUCUUUUUACUACGCUUCUUACAAUGUACAAUCCAAAUAAUCCUAAGUUAUUGUGGGAUAAAUUGAAGCCUUAUAUUACAGAUGAUUAUGUAAAUGAAAAUAUGCCCGCUGAAGUUGUCGAAGUACGAGCUUUAGAAGAUAUAAGUUCUAUUUUAGAAUCACUUG